GGUCAUGACCCAGGACACGCUGCUACUUUAGAAACUCAACCCAGACUGGCUAGACCGAGGAUUCUGCCAUGUCUGCAUGGGUGGCCUUACUGUUGCUCUGGGGUUUCACCCUGGGCCCAGCAACGGAUGGAGCAGUCUUUGUUAGUACUCAACCCAGUCUGUGGGCAGAGCCGGAGUCACUGCUGGAACCCUGGGCCAACCUGACACUGACCUGUGAGGCCUACCGGGAGACUCAAGACUUCCAACUGCUCAAGAACGGGGUGGUCCAGGAGCAAGUCCGUGUUGGUUUUCCUGUCAUCAAGUAUCACUUCCCACUGGGAACAGUGACAAGUAACAACCGGGGCCUCUAUGGCUGCCAAACAGGCUUGAGCUUUGCAGGCGUAUGGACAGAGCUGAGCAAUCUCCUGGAGGUGACAGGAACAGAGCCCUUGCCUCAACCGGGGAUCACUACCCAGCCAGUGUCCUGGAUCACACCAGGCCUGGACACAAAGCUACUGUGCAAGGUGGGCCUCCGGGGUGUGAUCUUCCUGCUGAGGCGAGAAGGUGAUGCUGGUUUUCUGGAGGUAAGUGAGGUUGCAAAGGAUGGAUAUGCCACCUUCCCAGUUCACCAGCCUGGAAACUACAGCUGCAGCUACCAGACUCAUCCAGCAGGCAAACCCUCAGAGCCCAGCGCCACUGUCACCAUCAAGGAGUACGCCACACCUCCUCCACCUGAACUUUCUUACGGCAAGAUCCUGAGACCCAUCACCCACUGGAACCUUGUCUGUGUGGGGCCCUUGAGCAACGCUGAGUUCCAACUGAGGCAAGGGGAGAAAGAUUUGAAGGUCCCCAGGAGCAGCACCUACCCAGAGCUUGUCUUCUUUCACCUGAAGUUGGAGGACAUGGGGGACCAUGGUCCUGUGACUUGCCGCUACAGGCUUCGCAGCAGGAAGGCAGCCUGGUCUGCAGACAGCGAGCCCUUAGAGCUGAUAUGGAGCGAUGAGACGCUGCCGGCUCCGGUGCUUACUGUGGAGCCUGAGGGUUCAAAUCCUGAACCUGGCUCUCGGGUGCAGCUGCGAUGCACAGCUCCCAAGGCCGGCCUGAGCUUCGCCCUGAAACGCGAGAACUGGGGCCAGCACAGCCUUCUGCAGAUACUGAAGCCCACCGGGACCGAGGCGGUCUUCCAGCUCCCUGGCUUCUCCGUCGCGGACUCUGGCAACUACAGCUGUUUCUACUCGGACCUGGCGCCUCCUUUUGCAGGCUCCGCACCCAGCACUAGUCUGGAACUGAGUGUGGAUGGUGAUGCACCCAGGCCAAAACUCCAGGCCCUGUGGACUGGUACCGUGCCUGCGGGCCGUGAUGCAGUUCUGCGUUGCGAGGCCCCCAUACCCAAGGUCACCUUCCAUCUGCUGCGUGAUGGCAAGAAAGUACCUUCCACAGUUCAGAACAUGCUGAGUUCAUCAACAGACCUUGCCCUGCCCUUCGUGGGUCCCCAGCAUACGGGCAACUACAGCUGUCGCUAUUCCGGGUCUAAUAGCUUCCAAUCAGAGCUCAGCGAGCCAGUGGAACUCCUAGUCGUGGAUGAGGCUUCCUCGGGGCGCUGAUUCGGUUCUGCUGCUUGGUCUUGGCUGGGUUGUACACUGACUGAUUACCUAAUCCAGCCGUAUGUGCAAAGGCUGUGGCAAAGUUCAAGGUCAGUGAACCCAUUUUU